AUGACGUCGAAGCAGAGUGAAAUUAACAGCAUUAACUCUUCCGAUAAUAGAUCAGUUCUGAAAAACGUUGUCAAUGUCAAAGCAAAAGGGUUAAAAGUUAGAGAGAAUAGCAGGGAUGAAGAGAUUAACCGGAAGGAGACCGAUGAAAACGUCUUUAUAAAGCCAAAAGCAAGUCAUUUUUGCAAGUCAAAUCAGAGGCGACCUUCCGCUGUCAUCACCGAUCCUCCUAAACCAACGUUUGCAGUAUACUGCGAUGAUGAAGCAGCUCAAGAUGGAUAUGAUGCAGAAAUUUAUCGAAAUCCUGUAGAAGGGCCAGCUCAAGAAUCGCAUCCCAUCGAUUUCUCAGACUGGCAUGGGAAGAAGGACAAGAGCGAAGAUUCUGAAGCUACAGUAUCAAAAGUUUCACUGUCAGAAGAAACUUUUAAUGUCGCAAACGAAGGAGAGCGUGGGAUUUUUAGGAUUGGCUGCGAUGAGGAUGAUGAUGACGACGAAGUUUUUCUUUCGACUGUUGAGGACGAAUCAACUGCAUUUCAUACGGCACAGCAUAUACCAGAUAGGUUGAAAAUUCAACCAGAACCGUUCUGUUGUCACCCUGAUUACGACAGUGACAUUUAUUCCUACAUGAGAGAUCGGGAAGUUCAAGUACGCCCGAGUUCGCACUACCUUCACAAGCAAACAGAUAUUACUUCAGAAAUGCGAUACAUAUUGAUAGACUGGCUCGCAGAUGUAACGGAAGAGUAUGGCCUUUCGCUAGUUGGGGACAACUUUCAGGAAUGUUUACACCUGGCUGUCUCUGUUGUUGACAGAACUCUUUCUGUAUUAUAUUGUCCGCGUUUAAAAUUGCAACUUGUCGGCGCUACAUCGAUUAUGAUAGCAGCGAAGUUUGAAGAAAUUUUCCCUCCUGAAUUAAAGGAAUUUGUUUAUAUUACAGAUGAUACUUACAGCGGUGUCCAGAUUUUGCGCAUGGAGAAAGUGAUUUUAAGCACCCUUUGUUUUGAAAUAUCAGCUCCUACCUCAAACUGGUUUGGCUCAAGAUUGGUUCGGAAGGCGCAUUCUGAUGAACAAACUUCCCAGCUGAUGCAUUACCUGUUAGAAUUAGCUCUCUUAGACUAUCGUUACUUGCAGUUCAGAUCUAGUGUUCUGGCCUGUGCUGCAUUUUCUCUUGCGAAUAUCAUCAUUGGAAAAAUCCCUUGGCAGCCAGUAGAGGCAGAUACAGGAAUUUCGCUGGAUGAAAUACGUGAACCCGUACGUCAACUUCUUAGUUCCUUCACAAAGGCACCAUAUUCGGAGCACAAAGCUGUCUAUGAGAAAUACUCUGAUGAGAAAUAUAGAGCGGUUGCCUGUUUAUGUCCUCCUAACCUUCUCCCAUUUAACUGA